CACAACCCACAACGCACACUUUCUACAGAAGACUCAGGUCAGUCUCAGAAAUCGAGAUCGCCCCAAUUCCCACUCUCACACUCACAAUAGCAACAAUGGCCUUCUCGUCCUUCAGCACUCGCCGCGGCGGCGGUUGGGCCCACUCGCUCCUCCCUUCCACCGCCACCUCCUCCGCCAAAUCCAAGCACACAAGAAAGCCCCGGCGGCGAUUGCUCCUCCGCGACUUCCUCUUCGCCAACUUCUUCACCAUCGGCCUCUCCGUCUCCCUCUUCUUCUUUUUCCUCGUCGUCCUCCGCUACGGCGUCCCGCACCCGAUCACCGCCCACUUCAAGCCCACCAGGUCACCGAUCCGCUUCCCCAAGCCCCGAAUCAAACCCCUCCCCCGUAGAAGGCCCGGCGGGAGCAACAACGACGCCGUUUCGGGCGCGGCCGUGGACAUCACCACCAAGGAGCUUUACGACAAGAUCGAAUUCUCCGACGUCGACGGCGGGCCGUGGAAGCAGGGAUGGAGAGUCAAUUACAAAGGCGACGAGUGGGACUCUGAGAAGUUGAAGGUGAUUUUGGUGCCGCACUCGCAUAACGAUCCGGGGUGGAAGCUCACUGUGGAGGAGUACUAUGAGAGGCAGUCCAGGCAUAUACUCGACACCAUCGUUGAUACACUCUCCAAGGAUACUCGGCGCAAGUUUAUAUGGGAAGAGAUGUCUUAUCUGGAAAGGUGGUGGAGAGACUCCUCGGAUGACAAAAGAGAAUUGUUCACCAAUCUGGUAAAGAAUGGUCAGCUAGAAAUUGUUGGAGGUGGCUGGGUGAUGAAUGAUGAGGCUAAUUCACAUUACUAUGCCAUAAUUGAACAGAUCACAGAAGGAAAUUUGUGGCUGAAUGAAACCGUGGGUGUUGUUCCUAAGAAUUCGUGGGCAAUAGAUCCAUUUGGUUACUCACCCACCAUGGCAUAUCUUCUGCGCCGUAUGGGUUUCGAAAAUAUGCUCAUUCAGAGGACCCAUUACGAGCUUAAGAAAGAACUUGCACUGCACAAGAAUUUGGAGUAUAUAUGGCGUCAGAGCUGGGAUGUCGAUGAAUCUACUGAUAUUUUUGUCCACAUGAUGCCCUUUUAUUCUUAUGAUAUUCCACAUACUUGUGGGCCAGAGCCAGCUAUUUGUUGUCAGUUCGACUUUGCUCGUAUGCGUGGCUUUAUGUAUGAACUUUGUCCUUGGGGAGACCAUCCAGUAGAGACUAACCAAGAAAAUGUGCGGGAGCGGGCACUUCUACUACUAGAUCAAUAUAGGAAGAAAUCAACACUGUACAGGACAAAUACACUUCUUAUUCCUCUUGGAGAUGAUUUCCGCUACGUUAGCAUAGAUGAAGCUGAAGCUCAGUUUAGGAAUUAUCAAAUGUUAUUUGAUUAUAUCAAUUCUAAUCCCAGUUUAAAUGCUGAGGCGCAUUUUGGAACUUUGGAAGACUACUUUCGAACCAUUCGUGAGGAGGCUGAAAGAAUAAAUUACUCACUUCCUGGGGAGAUUGGUUCCGGUCAGGUUGGAGGUUUUCCUUCUUUGUCGGGUGACUUCUUUACUUAUGCUGACAGGCAACAGGACUAUUGGAGUGGUUAUUAUGUAUCAAGGCCUUUCUUCAAGGCUGUUGAUCGAGUACUAGAGCAUACGCUUCGUACCACGGAUAUGAUGAUGGCUUUCCUGCUUGGGUACUGUGGGAGAUCACAAUGCGAAAAGUUACCCUUGGGGUUUUCCUACAAGUUGGCAGCUGCUAGAAGGAAUUUAGCUCUUUUUCAGCAUCAUGAUGGUGUAACUGGUACUGCUAAAGAUCAUGUUGUCCUGGAUUAUGGGACUCGGAUGCACACUUCCUUGCAGGACUUGCAGAUUUUCAUGUCUAAAGCUAUUGAAGUGUUGCUUGGAAUACGCCAUGACAAAUAUGAUAACCCUUCUCAGUUUGAGGCAGAACAGGUGAGAUCUAAAUAUGAUGUCCAGCCUGUUCAUAGAGCAAUCAUGGCUCGUGAAGGAACCCGCCAAACAGUGGUCUUUUUUAAUCCCUUGGAGCAGAUAAGAGAAGAGGUUGUGAUGGUUAUUGUUAACCGUCCCGAUGUUACUGUUCUGGACUUGAACUGGACAUGUGUCCCAAGCCAAAUAUCGCCUGAAUUGCAGCAUGAUAAAAGCAAAAUCUUCACUGGAAGGCAUCGUGUCUACUGGCAGGCUUCUGUUCCUGCUCUGGGGUUGCAGACAUAUUAUAUAACUAAUGGGUUUGUUGGAUGUGAAAAGGCGAAACCAGCAAAACUUAGAUACUUCUCAAAGUCUAGUUCUUUCUCUUGCCCCACUCCAUAUCCUUGUUCGAAAGUAGAAGCUGAUGUGGCUGAAAUCAAGAACAGGCAUCAAACACUCACUUUUGAUGUCAAUCGUGGUUUGUUGCAGAAAAUAAGCUACAAAAAUGGGUCCCAAAUUGUUGUGGGUGAAGAAAUAGCUAUGUACUCUAGCUGGGGAAGUGGAGCAUACCUUUUUAAACCUGAUGGUGAUGCGCAGCCUAUCAUUACAGCAGGUGGGCAGAUGGUGAUCUCUGAGGGACCUUUGGUGCAGGAAGUAUAUUCUUAUCCAAGUACACAAAGCGAGAAGAGCCCCAUUUCUCAUAGCACCCGUCUCUACAACGGAGAUAAUACUGUACAGGAGUUUUUCAUUGAGAAGGAAUAUCAUGUUGAGCUCCUCGACCAGCAGUUUAAUGACAAGGAGUUGAUAGUUAGAUACAGAACAGAUAUUGACAACAAAAAAGUAUUCUUUUCUGAUUUAAAUGGCUUUCAGAUGAGCAGGAGAGAAACCUACGAUAAAAUCCCCCUCCAGGGCAAUUACUACCCUAUGCCCUCUCUUGCAUUCAUGCAAGGAUCUAAUGGUCAGCGGUUUUCUGUCCAUUCCCGGCAGUCAUUGGGUGUGGCAAGCCUUAAAAAUGGAUGGUUGGAGAUUAUGCUUGACCGUCGUUUGGUAAGAGAUGACGGACGUGGUCUUGGACAAGGAGUGAUGGACAACCGUGCAAUGAAUGUAAUCUUCCACAUCCUUGUAGAGUCCAACAUUUCUUGUGCAUCAAACCCAGUUUCCAACCCAUUGCCGUUAAACCCCUCUCUUCUUUCCCACCGUGUCGGUGCUGACCUGAACUAUCCAUUGCAUUCAUUCAUUUCCAAGAAGCCAGAGGAUUUGUCAGUGCAACCACCCCCAAGAUCAUUCUCACCUCUAGCUGCACCCUUACCUUGUGAUCUGCAUAUUGUAAGUUUAAAGGUUCCUCAACCUUUAAAAUUCUCAGAGCUACCACUUGAAAAUUCUAGGUUUGUCCUAACAUUACAGAGACGAAGUUGGGACUCUUCAUAUUGCCGGAAGGGCAGAUCUGGUUGCACUAGGUUUGCUGAUGAAAGUGUGAAUUUGCUCAACAUGUUCCGGGAGCUCACUGUAUCGAAUGCGAGAGCCACUUCAUUAAAUCUUCUACACGAAGACAUAGAUAUGCUUGGAUAUACUGAGCAGUUUGGAGAUGUUGCUCCAGAAGGGCAAGUCCUCAUUUCUCCUAUGGAAAUACAGGCUUACAAGUUGGAGUUACAGCCACACCAAUGAGUGUACUGGUGGCAGAUUUCAUUAUUGCAGUCUCCUGGACAAUGCUUUAAUGGGGCUCAUAGCUUAGCUAUGACACGCCACAGGUUUACAUGCUGGGAUUAUGGCUACCAUUGAAUGUAUUCUCAGGUUGGUGGCAAAUAAUAGUGAUUUCUCUGAUCCCACUGUCAACCUAAUUAAAACUGUGGGAUUAUAUGUUUGCUGCCAGGUCUCGGGGCAAAGACUGUAAAUACGAGUGGAGAUACAUCGUCAAAUCUACCAUCCAGGUUGCUCAUGGAAUCUUUUUUGUUGUAAAACUGCUGUUCCAAAUUUUGCUUAGGGAGACUUGCUAGGAGUUUUGAGUUUUGUUUUAUAAAUGGUUUCCCACUGUUUUUUUUUUUUUUUUGGCCUUCAGUUAUGUUCAGAUCAGUUACUGAUCAGUAAAUGGGAAUGUAUAUGAAGUUCAUAUUAUGUACUGUUGUGGUUCGAUCUAUGCGCUGCUUUAAGGUUCUGACAUGUAUUCUGUAUUUCACAACUUUGUAGUAAUCAAAACAGCUGAGACUUGGUAUAAAUAGUUGUGUUUUGAUU